AGCUCUCCUCUCCCUUCGCGUUUCCUCAUUCACAUCCGUGAGCGGUAGGUAGGCGAUAGAUUACUUUCACACAGGACUAGUAGGAGUCGUUGGACUAGGAGGCAGGACCGACUCGCUCGCUCUCACGAGAGGCUGUGUGUGGCUGCCAAGCAACAUUUUACCAAGACUGCCCCCCCGCUCUCCUGGCUUGGCGGGGAUACCGGGGAUGCGGACAGGGACGAUGAUCGGGGGUACGGCGGGACUGAAGUGGCUCUCCUGUUGGAUUCUGAUGUCAGCGAUGUGUUUCCACCACGCAGCAGCACAAGAUGACGUUCCCCCCUACUUUAAGAUGGUGCCGGUGCAGACCCAGGUUCACCUGGAGCGUAACAGGCUGGUUCUUACCUGUAUGGCUGAGGGCAGCUGGCCUCUGGAGUUUAAAUGGCUCUACAAUGCCACUGAGCUCACACGCUUCUCUCUGGAGUACAGGUACCUGAUCCCGUCUCUGGACCGCUCCCAUGCUGGUUUCUACAGAUGCAUCGUUAGAAACAGAGUAGGAGCCAUCAUGCAGAGCAGCACUGAAGUACAGGUCGCCUAUAUGGGUGAUUUUGUGGAGGGGGAGCGUUCCCAGACUGUGUCCCAGGGAGAGGCUGCUCUAAUCCAGGCUCCACGCAUCCACAGCUUCCCACGACCACAGAUUACCUGGUUCAGGGACGGACGCAAGAUACCCGCCAGCAGUCGCAUAGCCAUCACCCUGGACAACACGCUGGUCAUCCUGUCCGGUGUGGCCCCUGAUGCUGGACGGUACUACACCCAGGCUGUCAACGACAAGAACGGAGAGAACAAAACCAGCCAGCCUAUCAUACUGACUGUGGAGAAUGUGGGGGGGCCUGCGGACCCCAUCACCCCCACCAUCAUCAUCCCUCCCAAGAACACCAGUGUGACCGCGGGGAGGAAUGAUGUCAUUAUGGAGUGUGUGGCCAAUGCUAGACCUCUGAUCAAGAUGGUUUUAAUCUGGCGUAAGGAUGGUGUUGUGGUCAGUACAGGGAUACGUGACUUUGGCCGCAGGCUGACCAUCAGCCUCCCAGCGGUCAGCGACAGUGGUUACUAUGAAUGUGAGGCCGCCCUCCGCAGCAGCAGUGUGCCACCGGUCAACGCAGGGGCCUACCUACAUGUUCUAGACCAUCCCCAGUUUGUGAAGGAGCCUGUCCAACACAUCAGUGCAGAGAUGGAGAAGGUGGUGGAUAUCCCCUGCCAGGCACGAGGAGUCCCCCAGCCAGAUAUAGUGUGGUAUAAGGAUGCUGUGGUCAUCAGUCCAGUGAAGAUGCCCAGGUACAGGGUGUUAGUGGGGGGCAGUCUCCAGAUCAAUGGCCUGUUACCUGACGAUACAGGGAUGUUCCAAUGCUUCGCCCGCAACCUGGCUGGAGAGAUACAGACCAACACCUACCUUGCUGUCACCAGUAUUGCCCCCAACAUCACGGCAGGUCCAGCUGACAGUGCGGUAAUUGACGGCAUGUCAGUCAUCCUUCACUGUGAGACCAGCGGAGCCCCCCGACCAGCUAUCACCUGGCAGAAAGGUGAGCGUGUGUUGGCCAGUGGUUCUGUCCAGCUACCCAGGUUCACCCUGCUGGAGUCAGGCAGUCUACUGGUCUCCCCCGCUCACCUUCAUGAUGCUGGGACUUAUACCUGCAUGGCCAGCAACUCCAGAGGCAUAGACGAGGCUGCCGCAGAUCUAGUGGUGUGGGCACGGACCCGCAUCACCAAGCCACCUGCGGACCAGAGUGUCAUCAAGGGGACUAAGGCUGUCAUGUCCUGUGGGGUGACCCAUGACCCCAGUGUGUCUGUCAGGUAUGUUUGGGAGAAGAGUGGUUCUGUGGUGGAUGUGAGCACCUCUCCCCGGCUCCGUCUGGACCCUGACGGGACCCUGCACCUCUCCCAGACCUGGUCAGGUGACAUCGGGACAUAUACCUGUAGAGUCACCUCUGUAGGGGGCAACGACUCACGCAGCGCUCACCUCAGAGUCAGGCAGCUUCCCCAUGCUCCAGAGAUCCCCGGUGCAGCUCUGAGCCAGGUAGAGAAGAGGGCCAUCAACCUGACCUGGGCUCAGGCCUUCGAUGGGAACAGCCCACUGAUCCGAUACAUCCUGGAGGUCUCAGAGAACAAUGCCCCGUGGACAGUGCUCCUGGCCAAUAUUGAACCGGAGUCGACCGGGGUGACCGUGGGUGGUUUGAUCCCAGCACGGUCCUACCAGUUCAGGCUGUGUGCGGUCAACGACGUGGGCAGGGGCCAGUUCAGCAAGGAGACUGACCGACUCUCUCUACCAGAAGAGCCUCCCAGUGCACCUCCUCAGACGGUGAUCGCCAGUGGUCGUACAAACCAGUCCAUCAUGAUCCAGUGGCAACCACCCCCGGAGAGCCACCAGAAUGGACCACUCCAGGGAUACAUCAUCAGGUACUGUCUGUCAGGUCUACCAGUGGACUGUCAGAUGAAGAACAUCACGAGGCCAGACCAGACUAACCUACUCCUGGAGGAGCUCAUCAUCUGGACUAACUAUGAGAUUGAGGUGGCAGCUUACAACAGGGCUGGGAGGGGUACCUACAGCCACAAGGUUACAGAGUGGACCCUGCAGGGAGUCCCCACUGUCUCACCAGGCAAUGUCCAGGCUGAGCCAUUCAACUCCACCACAGUCAGGUUGACCUGGACAGCUCCUAGGCCCCAGUUCAUCAACGGCAUCAACCAGGGAUACAAGCUGUUGGCGUGGGAGGCGGGUCACGAGGAGGAUGUUACCAUGGUUACAGUGAGACCUAACUUCCAGGACAGUGUGCAUGUGGGCUACGUGACGGGACUGAAGAAGUUCACAGAGUACUACACAUCUGUCCUGUGUUUCACUACACCUGGAGACGGCCCCCGCAGCCCGCCUCAGAGACUACGCACUCACGAAGACACGCCUGGUGCCGUUGGUCACCUGAGCUUUACAGAGAUCCUGGACACAUCUCUGAAGGUCAGCUGGAAAGACCCCAACGAGAAGAACGGCGUCCUCACAGGCUACCGUAUCUCGUGGGAGGAGUUUAACCGGACCAACACCCGGGUCACCCACUACCUCCCUAACCUGACCCAGGAGUACCGGGUCACCGGGCUGACUGCCCUCACCACCUACACCAUCCAGGUGGCUGGGAUGACCUCCAAGGGACAGGGUCAACUGUCUUCUUCUACUAUAUCAUCUGGAGUACCCCCAGAGAUGCCGGGCCCCCCCACCAACAUAGCCAUCUCCAACAUCGGCCCCUGCUCUGUGGCCCUGCAGUUUAAACCUGGCUACGACGGCAAGACAUCCAUCUCACGCUGGCAGGUCGAGGCACAGAUUGGUAUAAUCGGGGAGAAUGAGGAGUGGGUGAUGGUCCAUCAGUUGCCCAACGAGCCUGAUGCCCGCUCCCUGGAGGUCCUGGACCUGAACCCCUACACCUCCUACAGGUUCCGCAUGCGCCAGGUGAACAUAGUGGGGACCAGUCCUCCCAGCCAGCCCUCCAGGAAGAUCCAGACCCUGCAGGCACCUCCAGAUAUCUCCCCCUACAACGUUACCCUCCGAACAGCCUCAGAGACCAGCCUCUGGCUCCGAUGGGUGCCUCUUCCAGAGUGGGAGUACAAUGGGGACCAGGAGUUGGUGGGUUACCGGGUGCAGUACUCCAGAGCGCCAUCUAAGGGAGGGGUCCUAUCCCAUGUCAUCAGUGACCGGCUGGAGAGGGAGUUUACCAUCGAGGACCUGGAGGAGUGGACAGAGUACGAGGUCAGGGUUCAGGCCAUCAAUGGCAUGGGGUCUGGGCCCUGGAGCCAGCCUGUCCACGGGAGGACCAGGGAGUCUGUGCCGUCCUGUGGUCCAUCCAAUGUGUCAGCCUUGGCCACGACCUCCAGUAGCAUCCUGGUCCGCUGGGGGGAAGUCCCUCAGACUGACCGCAACGGACUCAUCCUGGGAUACAAGGUUGUGUAUAAGGAGAAGGGUUCAGACUCUGUCCCUCAGUACUGGGAGGUGGAGGGGAACACCAGUCACAGUGUUCAGUUGAGUGGUCUGGGGAAGUAUGUCCUGUAUGAGAUCCAGGUCCUGGCCUUCACACGGAUAGGAGACGGCAGGAGCAGCAAGCCAUCCAUCCUGGAGAGGACCCUGGACGAUGUCCCAGGUCCUCCAGUGGGCAUCCUGUUCCCAGAGGUGAGGACCGGCUCAGUCAGGCUCAUCUGGCAGCCUCCUGCCCAGCCCAACGGCAUCAUCCUGGCCUAUCAGAUCACACACAGACGGAACUCCUCCAAUAGCAACGCUGCCACUGUGGACGUGCUGAGUCCCAGUGCGCGACAGUAUACAGCAUCUGGACUGCAACCAGAGGCCGUCUAUGUGUUCCGCCUCACCGCUCAGACACGCAAGGGCUGGGGGGAGGCUGUAGAAGCCCUGGUGGUCACUACAGAGAAGAGAGCGCGGCCCCAGCCAGCCAGCCGUCCCACAGUGCCCCAGGAGGACGUGCAGGCGCGCAGCGUGAUGUUGUCAUGGGAACCAGGUAGCGACGGCUUGGCACCUGUCCGUUACUACACAGUGCAGUACAGAGAGCUACCAGACAGUAACUGGACUGUCCACUCUGCAUCGGUCAACCACGAGGCAAGCUCCUACAUAGUGGACAGCCUCAAGCCGUUCACCUCGUACCGGUUCAGAGUGAAAGCCACCAACGACAUCGGGGACAGUGAGUACAGCCAGGAGAGUGAGGCUACCACCACCCUACAGGACGCCCCAGACAAAGCUCCCACAAUCCUCUCUGUUACACCCCACACCACCACAUCGGUGCUGGUCCGAUGGGAGCCGCCUGCUGAGGAGCAGAUAAACGGGGUACUGCUGGGGUUCAGGGUACGUUACCGGGAGUUACAAUAUGACCGCCUCCGUAGCUUCACCGUACGAACCAUCAACAGCCCCGCCUCCAACUGGGCCGAGCUCACCGCCCCCUACAGUGUGAGGAACCUGAGCGAGUCCUCUCUCACCCGGUACGAGCUCGAUAAUUUGAGUAAACACAAGCGUUAUGAGAUCCGUCUGAGUGUGUACAACGCCGUGGGGGAGGGGCCUACCAGCACGCCACAGGAAGUGUUUGUGGGAGAGGCAGUCCCAACAGCCCCACCCCAAACUGUGACCAUCCAAUCAUCAACAGCAACCCAGCUGGAUGUCACAUGGGACCCGCCCCCUCUAGACGCUCAGAAUGGAGACAUACAGGGGUACAAGAUCUACUUCUGGGAGUUCCAUCUGAAGAAUGAGACAGAGAGGCUGCGUACCAUGUUCCUCCCAGAGCUAGGGGUCAAGAUUAAGAACCUGACUGGCUACACCACAUACAUGAUCAGUGUAGCAGCCUUCAACGCAGCAGGGGACGGGCCCCGGAGUCCCCCGACCAGGGGCCGAACUCAACAGGCCGCCCCCAGUAGACCCAGCUUCAUCCACUUCAGUGAACUGACCACUACGUCAGUCAACAUGUCCUGGGGAGAGCCACACCAGGCCAACGGCAUCAUCGAGGGCUACCGCCUGGUCUACGAGCCCUGCACACCUGUCGAUGGUGUUAGUAAGAUAGUCACAGUGGACGUGAAGGGCAGCACCCCCCUGUGGAUGAAGAUUAAGGACCUGGCUGACGGGGUGACCUAUAACUUCAGGAUCCGGGCCAAGACACUCACCUACGGGCCGGAGGUGGAGGCUAACAUCACUACCGGACCAGGAGAAGGAGCCCCAGGCCCUCCAGGUGAACCCUUCAUCUCCCGGUACGGCACAGCCCUCACCCUACACUGGACCAGUGGAGACCCAGGCCGAGCUCCCAUCACACGCUACGUCAUCGAGGCCAGGCCCUCUGAUGAAGGACUGUGGGAUAUCCUCAUCAAAGACAUUCCAAAGGAAGUGACAUCAUACACGCUGAACCUGGACAUGCUGAGAGAAGGGGUUACUUAUGACUUCCGGGUCAUUGGGGUCAACGGCUACGGCUACGGCUCCCCCAGUGCUCCUUCACCCUCUAUCUCUGCCCAGAAAGUGUCUCCCUUCUAUGAAGAGUGGUGGUUCCUGGUGGUCAUCGCUCUGGUGGGCCUAAUCUUCAUCCUCCUCCUCGUCUUCAUCCUUAUCAUCAGGGGCCAGAGUAAGAAGUACACCAAGAAUGCUGACUCAGGGAGCCACAGUAACAGCACCUCCCUGCCCCUGUCCCAUGGGGAGAUGGUCAGGCUGGACGAGGGCCGUUUCCCCGCCCUGGAACUCAACAACAGACGCCUGUCAGUCAAGAACUCCUUCUGCCGCAAGAACGGCAUCUACACACGGUCUCCCCCGAGGCCCAGUCCAGGCAGUCUCCACUACUCCGAUGAAGAUGUCAGUACCAAAUACAACGAUCUGAUCCCUGCAGAGAACAGCAGCCUGACUGAGAAGCACUCUGAGAUAUCAGACUCACAGGGCAGCGACAGCGAGUACGAGGUGGAUCAGAACCGGGGCGGGCAGCAGAAGACCCACUCCUUUGUCAACCACUACAUCAGUGACCCCACCUACUAUAACUCCUGGCGCCGCCAGCAGAAGGGCGUCUCCCGCCCCCCGGCCUACGGAUACGCCCAGCCAGAGCUGCUGCACCCCCAUCCCCUGGCCGAGCAGGACCCCAUCCAGCCCACCACCACCCCGAGACACCCUCCACCCCUGCCCCCACUACCCCCCCUGCUGCCCCGGGACCUCUCCCCAUCCCCCAAGUCCCAGGGGCUCCAUAGCCAAGGGGGUGUCAUCCAGGGUCUGCCACCCCAGGGUCAGGGCACACUAUUCAGGCCGAAGGGCAGCCGGACUCCCACUCCCUCGCUGCUGUCCUGUUCUCUGUCUGAACCCCCCAGCCAGCACGGGACCAUCCUGUACAGCAGUAGGCCUCCAACCAGCCUGGGCUGUUCCUCCACGCAGCAGCCUCCUACCGCGGGCUUCUCCUCUUUCGUUUGACCCACGUUUAACACACUGCUCCCAGUAGGAACAGAUAUUCCCAGAGGUCUCUUUUAGCCCUCAUUCACACUAUAGGGCUGACCCUGAGCCCUACUGGGCUGGCUAGACCUCAUUCACACUAUAGGGUCGACCCUGAGCCGUACUGGGCUGGCUUGGAUAGUUUAUUUUCACAUGAUCCUUUCCAGCAUGGUUCCAGCUACUAUAGUGGAUGUGUAACCAGGCCAGCGCCGUACAGCUCGGUUUGGCUCAUAGUGAAAAGGGGAUUGUUUUGUUGUAGUUGGUUUUACUCUGCUUGUCUCUUAAUGAAGACGAUUCUUAAAGGUGUUCUCUCGAAAUUAUAGUAAACAUUACAGGCAUCUUGGAUAGUAUUUUCACUCUCCCGUGUGUGUGUGUGUGUGUGUGUGUGUGUGUGUGUGUGUGUGUGUGUGUGUGUGUGUGUGUGUGUGUGUGUGUGAGAGUUUAAUUUCUUAAAAUAAGACAAUUGUUAAGAAUGUUUAUGUUGCUUGGCACAUUAAUAAUAUUAUUUUACAACAUGACAGUCACGACACCCAAACAAGGAGAUUACUAUUUAAAGUGCAGCCUAUAUGAACAAGAGAACAGUACUGCAUCACAAAGGAUCAAUCAUUGGACUAUGGACUAUGGCUUACAGAGAAUGACAGAAAAUACCAUUAAAGGGAAAAAGACUCAAUGUGGGCUAGAAAUAUGAACCAAGGAUGAACGUAAGAGACAACUGUGACAUGAGGAAUGACAUUUGGUAGCACAACUCUCAAUCAGCUACAACGGCUUCAACACCUUUGAUGUUCUUCUCACUUAAACCCAAAACAUUGUUGCUAUUACAUAUGUAUGUAUGUGAUAUGUAUAUGUCUUCAUUUUGUUGAACAGAUAUGUAUUUCUUAAUGGUAUCUAUCAAUCAGCUAAAAUGCAUAACAUUUUCAGACCACCACCACCACUGUCAUGGUAAUGUUAUCAAUCACAUUAAAAAGCAUUGUGUAAUGUUAUCAAUCACAUUAAAAAGCAUUGUGGCACCUUUAUAUCAUUGUGAUGGAUGUAUUGAUCACUUUACUCUGCAGUCUGAGUGCUUCAGACUAUACGGUCUACUUAAAACAAAUGGUAGCCGACCGAGAGAGACGUUUCCAUGCAUAGUGUUUCAGUACUAAAUCAGAACUGCUCUGUUUCAGUGAUGAAAUCACUACUCAUUAUAUUCCCCAUAGCUUACUGUUUCAGUACUGUUUCAUUACUCGGGACACCAGGCUUUUUUGCUAGCAUUCCACUUCUUGGCAGUCAUGUCAUUUGCCUAAGACAAGGAAUGGAAUGUAAUAUCUGAACAGAGACGGCAACCAGGCUACUGAAUCAUUACUGUGUUUCUUUAUUUUGUUAGUUUUUAAACUUGUCAUUUAUAGGUAACCAAUCAGACCGCUUGGUCACUAUGACAUCAUGUCGCUUGAAACCAAUGGCAGCCCAGAGAAAGCUUUUUCCGUGCAUAGUGUUCCAGUACUUGAAACAUGCAAUUCAAAGGUUGCAUACUAUAGGUCCUCCAAGACGUAUGAUAAGUUACGUCAUCCAAUUCCGAUGCCAUUGUAUGCCCGCUAUUCCAUUCAUAAUGUAACCUAACGUAACGUAACGUAGCAUACUAAAUGGAUUGUCACAGAUUUACAUACAGAAUAAUACGAAUUGCCCUGAGACCACGUUGAAUCAUCACUCUGUUUCAGUUAUGAAAUCUCUACUCUGUUUCAGUUCAUUAUCAUACAUAGCGUACUAUUUCAGUACUGAAUCACUAGUCUGUUUCGUCACGCUGUUAACCAUCAGCCCUGUUGGUACCUAUGGCAUCCUGUUGCUUGCAGUUACACCAGUCACUGUACGGUACAUGAUCAACAAACGUAGGCCUAGUCAUCUAAUGUAGUUAGUACAACUCUAUUCGGAGGACAUCAUGCUAACAAAUGUCUCAAGUCUACUAGCUGUUUCAGAAUGAGCUGAGUGGUUGUUUGGAAGCCAGAGCGUUAUACACAUGCCUCAGCUACAGUCGGUUAAGCUACAGCCUACUUAUCAAUGACCUUCUACAGUAAACCCCUGAGUCCCUCUCUACCAGUCAUACCAUGUGAAUCUCCCCCCUUCCCUUGCAGGUGGUGCGUUAGGAAAACACAUGACAUAUGACCUGUCUAUGUGUCAGGCAGAAGGAUUUUCUUCUGUGAGUUGACAUACAGCGGAUGUUUCCAGAGAUCUAUCAAUACAAUACAGAGUACCACUUGGUGGACAUUUCUUAUUUUUAUUAGUGACUGCUUCAUUCGUGUUCAUAGAAUAGGUACAAUGUGCCACCAAGGGUUGCUGAAUAUCUUCUCAUCAUUACCAUGGUUACACACAGAGCAACAGUGUUGCAUGGUUUAGCAGUAGAUAACACCUGUUGAUUUAUAUAUGCCUAUAUUACUAAGGAUCCUUAUGAGAGGUUAUGUGUUGCAUAUGUCACUAAGGAUCCUUAUGAGAGGUUAUGUGUUGCAUAUGUCACUAAGGAUCCUUAUGAGAGGUUAUGUGUUGAAUAUGUCACUAAGGAUCCUUAUGAGAGGUUGUGUGUUGCAUAUGUCACUAAGGAUCCUUAUGAGAGGUUAUGUGUUGCAUAUGUCACUAAGGAUCCUUAUGAGAGGUUAUGUGUUGCAUAUGUCACUAAGGAUCCUUAUGAGAGGUUGUGUGUUGCAUAUGUCACUAAGGUUGUGUCAUAAGUAACUUUCCUAUCCAUUUAGCCUAUAAUGAAGGACUCCAAGGUGACUGUCAUUUGGAGAUUCAAUAUGUCUGAUAUGACUGCUUAUAGCUACAGUACAUUCCUCUGCAACUGCAUAAUGUUGAAUGUGGGUUUUUUAACACUUUACAAUAUGAUUUAGGCUUAAUUUCAUGUAUACAUGCAGAUAAAUACCCACAUUUGUUGCAUUAUAAUUUUCAUUUGACCAAAGUAUUAUGGGACAUUUCUAACUGGAUGGAAACCAUUGGAAGAAGGCACCAGAUCACAUUCAAGGUCCAUAAGGACACUAAUAUCACCUGUGUUGUUGUGUGGUGAAACUCACUGUACACAUCAUAACCACAUGAUCAUGGUACUAUU